ACGUUGACUUUCAACAAACGAGCGAGCGUGCUGGAGUGACGCGGAUAGAGCCCGCGGGCGGUGGCGUGCACUGUUGAACCCAACCUGCUGAUUUAAAAGAAACAGGGACAGCAAAUACUGCGCACCUACACUGGGGAGAUACGACUAACUGUGGCGAGGAUGGCGUCACGUAGCCUGGGGCUGCAUGUAGCUCGCAAACAGGACGCUGCCAGAAGCGGAGCUGUGGAGAGGAGGAAUCUACUGACUGUCUGCAGGUUUUCAGUGAAGACGUUGCUUGACCGCUCCUGUUUAGACACGAUAGACGACUCCUCUCCGGAGUUCACCAACUUCGUCUCCAUCCUGGAACAGAUCCUCAGUCACAGACUCAAAGGUCAGACUACGUGGUUUGGUUAUGAGACUCAUCGUAGUUUCUGGGAUUAUGUGAAAGCAGCCUGCAGUAAAGUCUCUCCCAACUGCAUCCACAGCAUUGAGAGCAUGGAGAAUGUCCGCUCCUCCAGAGCUAAGGGUCGGGCGUGGAUCAGGCUGGUGCUGAUGGAGAAGAGGCUGUCUGAGUACAUCUCCUCCGCCCUGAGGGACUUCAAAACCACCAGGAAAUGGUAUGAGGAUGGGGCCAUCAUGCUAGGUGAGGAGGCGGGGCUGCUAGCAGAUACACUCAUUGGUCUCAACACCAUUGACUUCAGCUUCUGUCUGAAAGGGGAGGGGCUGAAUGGAAGCUGCCCAGCGGUGAUUGACUAUACGCCUUAUCUGAAGUCGAUUCAGAGAGAGAACAGCAUCAGCAGUGAUGAGGAGUUGAGGACCCUGGGGAGCAGCGGCAGCGAGAACACCACCCCUGAAAAGAUGGCCGCCAGCACUGCGGAGGCCAUCUUAACCGAGCAGAGCAGCUGGGUCUGCAGGUGUAAACGACUCGAGCAGAAAUACCGCAUGGCACUGGAACAGAAGUGUUAUCUGGAAGAGAUGGUUCGUCUGAGAGAGGCCCAGCUGUCUCAAGUGAUUCCUCAGAACAAAGCUCUUCAGCAGAGACUAACAGACACACACCUCUCACACACACUGGAGAAGGAACAACUGGAAUACAUCGUACUGGAGCUUCAGGACCAACUGAAGAAUUUCCAGAGUCUAGAGCAGCUGUCCCAGACCUCUCUGGAGCCCUCACACACACUCAACCUGGACACUAGACCAGCCAGCUCACACUGGCACCACCAUGGGAAGGAGGACACCCCCUCUCUGAUAGGUCUGUGUGGGUCUCUGCAGUCAGUAGCCAGCAAUAAGUCACUGGCCAGCCUGAAGUCCAGUGAGUGUCUAGCCAGCCCCACCACAGAGGUGACCAGUCCUGACCUCACCCAUGUCCUAGAACCAGAGACCAAGAGACCCAGCACAUGGUUUGGAGAAAGAGAGCCAGAUUUGGACCCUGGAAUUGGAACGCAGCCUUUUUGAAUUGAAGAAAGAACUCAUGGCUCAACGCAUGGGAGCCGCAGUCAAUCAUUUGGAAUUUACAACCCGGACUGACCCUGGAACCAGCGCUCCAGUAGUCAGUCCUUCAAUGUAAGCGCAGAGCCGUUGGAAAAACCAGGACUGUAUUGACCAGGAGCGGCCUCAUGUUUAUUUAUUAGUUUGUUGUAUAUCUGCACUGAUGGGAAAACAACUGCAUAGUUGAAAGCCAGUUCCGGGUAGGUAUGCUGUAGGUAUACUGUUAUAACCUAUCUUAUGUGUUCAGAUCACUGCAGACCAAGGAGAACGUCACUUGACACUAGUGGGAUGCAGACCUUUUGUGUCACUUAAAGGACUCCUCAUGAUGUAAACAUGCUCCGCAUCCCAGAGAUUGACAACUUGAGGAAUUGCUUUCUUUAGGAUUUAUUUGGGGAUGGGUAAGGAGUGUUAGGGUUUGUUGUUUCCCAACAGUGUUAAAGCCUGUAGACUAGUGGUUCUGUUCAUGCCUCAUCAACUUGCAGGUGUUGUUGUCCUGUUACCUUGGCAACUUAAGUGAGCUCUACUAUAGAUGGCCAUGGUGGGUCUGUCUCAGCGGCCAAAGAAAUACACCUCAAAGAACGGACAUAUUUAGGUAUUGUAUUCCUGCCAGAGGACUGGACUAUCCUCAUUAUUUAAGUCUUUGGUGUAAUCAUGCUUCCAUGUUGGAAGGGCCUUAAAAUAUCUAGAGGAGAACAGUGUUGCUUUUAUGUCUUCUGUUUCUACAGUCAAUCCUCUGUGGUACCUGACUUGUAGCCAUAAUCAUAUUAUUGAAUGUAUCUUAUAAACUAUCAAAAUAAAGUCGCACACUCCAUAUAUAAACUCCCAGUAAUUUAUUGGAAGAAGGCACAGUGAAGCCGAAACAUUGGUAAAUACCCAAUAAAUUACUGGAGGUUUAAAUAUGGAGUGUGCGACUUUAUUUUGAUUAUUUGCCAUUAGUCAGCACCUCCACACACACUUCUGGGUGUGCACCAGUGAAUGCUUUUUUUUUUAUUUUAUUUUUUAAUUGAGUAUCAUCCACAAUCUGUUUUGGAUUUAACCACAGUGUUAUCUUUAUGCGUCAAAGGGUUUGUGUUCUCAGGAAAUGUUUCCUGUCCAACAGGGUUAGGUUGAACCGUUUGGUUAGGUUGAACAUGAUAGUCUGUAUUGGGGUUGCAUGUUCUGUCUGACUGCGUUGAUUUAUUUUGAUCAGAGGCAUGUGGGGAAAGUGUUCAGGGUGUGUUCUGUGUCUGUCACUCUCUCACACACACAAACACAGUUAAUUGUAUUGCGAUAUUGCACAUUGAUUUUAUUACUUUGAUUUAUUUAUUUUCUCCUGCUAUUUUGAAUAAACUACUGUACUAAACA